AUAGCCAUAGCGUGCCAUCUACCGAGUGAACAAUAAACUACGGGGCGAGCGCGGAACGGGUCAGCCGUUCCCCGGAUGUUGUCAGCGGCUCGCAACACUAGUGUGCCCGUGACGAGCUCGAUCUUUUUGUUUUGCGCGGUUAAACUGUUAUCUUAAGCCGCUAUGCUGUCAAGUGAGCAAGAAGCAGCACUGCUGCUAGCUCUUCUGGCAAGCAGCAGCCUUGCAAUGCAUAAAGAAGAGGAAAAAACGUCGCUGAAGCAACGACGACGCCAGUUACGUUGUUGGGUCCGGCCUGCUUUGCAGGAACGCGCCAACCUUGGUCAGGCCAACAAACUGCUACCUCUUCUACGAGAUCGAGACGUGGAGUUUUACCGACAGUACAUCAGGAUGCCUCCACGUACUUUUGACACGCUGUUGCACCUUGUGAAACAUCAUAUUGAAAAAAAGGACACCAACUUCCGGAAGGCAAUCAGUCCCGAGCACCGACUUGCACAAACUUUGAGAUUCUUGGCUGCAGGUAAAACACUUCGUUGCUCAUCUUUCAACUUUUUAAAUGGUCGUUCGACAGCGUGCUAUAUUGUGUCGACAGUGUGCCAGGUGCUCUGGGAUGUACUUGGUCCUAUAUACGUUGCCCGUCCAUCAAGUGCAGGCGAGUGGCUACAGAUUGCAAAAGAGUUUGAGGAAAGUUGGAACAUGCCCCACUGUGUGGGUGCAAUUGAUGGAAAACACACCAAAUCGGGAAGUGAGGACUAUAACUACAAACACUUCUUCAGUAAAUCGAUGCUUGCUGUCAGCGACGCCUGCUACAGGUUCAUUUAUGUGGAGAUUGGGCACCAUGGGAGCAAUUCAGAUGGUGGAGUAUUCAGCGAAAGCCAACUGCCUCAUAUUAUCUUUUCGAAGAAUGAAGGAUUUCCCCCUGAUGCACCACUGGGGAACAUUGGCCGCAUUCCUUUCUACCUGGUCGGAGAUGAAGCGUUUCCUUUGAAGACAUACUUGAUGCGGCCGUAUCCUCGGAAAGUCAAGUUGCUCCUUUGAUUUCUUUUAGUACUGGAGUGCAUUGCUCUAUGCUAUUAAUCUAAGGUGGUUCAGUACACUGAAAUCACUGUAGUGACAAGCAGCCGAAACAUGAUGCCAUAACUAAACGCAGUGAUUGGUUUAUGUUAGAGGCUCUAAAGCACUUCACCACAUAUUGGCGCUUCUCCUUGAAAGUAUGUUUCUUUUCUCUGUGGAAGUAUAUUUUUGAUCAACUUUCAUGAACAUGAAACAAAAACAUGGCACAAUGUGUUCAUUGAUCGUGUGCCUAUGUGUUCUGUGCUGCGUUACUGUGAAGCUCUAUCAGGAUGACGUGUUUUUCAUGUAGGUGCGGGGAUAACCAUUUAUGCAGGUCUUCAACCGUUCCUCACUUCAACACCUGAAGAGGCAUCUCAAGGAGAAAAAACCAACUGCGAACCUAUCGCCUUUGCGGAGGCACACAGCAAAAGGAUUUUCAAUUACCGCCUAAGCCGAGCCCGUCGGGUGAUCGAAAAUGCAUUUGGCAUAAUGGCUCAAAGAUGGCGUAUCCUGCGGCGUUCUUUCAAAGCCAAAGACGAUAACAUCCGGCGAAUUAUCUCCGCAUGCGUGGUCCUUCACAAUUUCAUGAUGAAAGAGUGGGAGACAUCUCGGUGCGCCUACUGCUCUCCAGGGACAGCUGAUCAGGUUGACUGGCAGGGUAACAUCACCGAAGGCAACUGGAGGGCUGAUGACACCAGCAGUGCUGCUCUGCCAUCUCUACCGAAGACUGGCUGCCACGCCACAAGGUUUGCUUACGAAAUGCGGGACCUCCUGGCAAAGCACUUCAUCACCAACGGCAAGGUGCCUUGGCAAGAGAGCAAGAUAAUGGACACAAGACUGUACAGUGGUGUUGCACCGGACAAAGAUGCAGGUUGUUCUAGAGGCUCAUCCAAGAUGACUGUGACAUAUUUGUCGUAGUCGACCUGGCCCUCAUCUGCGUUGCCACUGCUGCUGUUACUUGCAGGCGCCGGACUCCGCUCACCUGAUGCUCUAUGUGAAACGUCGGAAAGAUGAACUCGCGUGAAACAUUUGUGAUGUGGAGAAAGUAACAUUUUAUCAAUGAGAUAUAAUUAUUGUUGGUGAAUGUCGCAAAAGCACAAUAAUAUUACGAGAUGAGAUACUGCUUAAACUUUAUUUUCUGAAUGCACAAGUGGUGUUAACUUUAUCAGGUAACAUGCUUUUGCACUGCAAGCCUUAUUUGCUUGACUCAUAAAAAAGUGCACCUCACAACGUUCACUUUUGCGACAUCCAUUCCUUCACGCGUUCAUUUGAUUGUUAGCGUCUUUGGUAUGCAUGCAGAAAAUGGCUUUUUAGGUGAUAGCAAUUGUUUUCAUCAUCUUCUUAGCACCCUUAUGCAUUUUCCUGCUGGCAAAGUUAAUUUGGUACCUGUCUUACAACUCACCGAUCGGGAUUGAUGAACCCUACGUUUGUAGAAAUGCUGGAAAAUAUUAACAUUUUUUUAGUUAUGCUACAGCAAUCAGGCCUUAAAAAAUUUCAAUGAGCAAGUUAUGCAGUACGCUGUGUUCUUCUUAUAAACAUUUACUAAUCAAAUAUGUUAAUGUCAUCUGGUGUAAUUGCUUCCUCAUUGUAGUCUUUACGAUUUUGUAAAUAAAAGUAUGCUGAUUUAUUUGUUAAGCUUAUUUGACAUCAACAAGCAGUGAGGCCAGUGCAUCAGUAACUAUGAAACGUUUACUUUGUGCUUUGCAUUUCGUGUGUACGUGUUCACUGAUGUGUCACUCUGAAAAUUGCUCAACAGCAUAACUACUAAGCUCAGAAUUUUAUGCAGUAGUUAUCUACCAUUCUAUCAGCUCAUCGUGGCUGCAAUAUUUGUUCUCAGCUGACGUAUUUUGUUGUAGGGGCAAUAAUGAAUUCUUGAUUUGUUGUGCAAGUAAACAAACUGUGAUUUUCUUUUUAGCAUGUGCAAUUGUGGCCGGCAGUUCUGCAUACAGGAGAAAAGUAUGUCUUUGUGUUGUUUUUUUUGAAGUUGUGUACACUUUCAUUGCAUUGAUUGAUUUAUAAAAAAUAAAAAGUAUCACAAAAUUUGGCUUA